AUUUGGGCACCUUGGCCGGCGGAUGAAAUGGGUACCUUCGCGACAUAAGCUUCCUUUGUUGCUUGUAAUACCUUUGUCACCGCCUUGCGGUGCACCAAAGACGCCGGGCGGACAGCCAGGAGGCAUUUUGUCUUCUGCAGGAGUGGCACUGUCUGUGGAGGCCUUUUUCUCUCUGGGAGCAUCCUAGAGAGAGAGAGAGAGAGAGGAAGAACGAGGAGGAGGAGAAGGACGGUCGGAGGGGAUGGACAGCAGUGAAGAAGAACCGGAUUUUCCUUCACACGAGUGGGUUACCCCUCAGUCGAAAAUCAACUCCGUCUACCAAUCUGUAACAGAAAAGGGAAUUAGGAAAUUGUGCACAGAGCUUUUGGAGUUGAAGGAUGCAGUAGAUAAUCUAUGUGGAAAUAAACGUGCAAAAUACACAGCUUUUCUAAGAAUAACAGAAGAGGUUAUUGAGCUUGAGCAAGAAUUGAUUGAGCUGCAGAAGCAUGUCUCUGCCCAAGGCAUACUUGUGCAGGAUCUGAUGACCGGUGUUUGCCGAGAGCUUGAGGUGUGGAAGUUGAAUAAACCCGAGCCAGUGGAGCACAAGGAAAAUAAUAUCCAUGAGUUUGACUCAAUACCUAAUUGUAUAGGUGAUCCAAAAGCUGCUUUUCUGGAAUCAGUGGAUGUUUUAUUGGCAGAGCAUAAAAUGGAAGAAGCUCUAUUAGCCAUUGAGGAAGAGGAGAAGAACAAUCCUGAUUUACUGGAUUCUGGGGAUAAUACCUCUGAGGAGGUUUCUACUUAUAAAUCAGCAUUUUUGAAACGGAAGGCAAUGCUUGUGGAGCAGCUUAUUGAGGUCGCAGAGCGGCCAUCAGUUGGUGUUUUGGAACUGAAAAGUGCUCUAAUGAGGCUUCUCAAACUUGGGAAUGGUCCAUCUGCACAUAAUUUAUUAUUGAAAUCAUACAGAUCUCGCCUUCAGAAGAACAUUGAGAAUUUUCUACCAUUGUGUGUAAUAUACCCAGAAACAAACUCAGCAACUCUGUCAAAGUAUGUAUUUUCAACUAUCUUGUCUGCAGCAAGAGAAUCUUCAUCAAUAUUUGGCAACACAGCGAUAUAUACCGGUAGACUUGAGCAAUGGAUUGAGUGUGAACUAGAAUCCCUUGUUAAGCUGAUGAAGGAAAAUGCACCUUCAUCGGAGAGCGCCUCUGCUUUACGUGCUGUUGCUGUUUGUGUGAAAGCCAGUCUUAGUCACUGUGCAAUGUUGGAAGAACAAGGACUGGCAUUUUCUCAGUUGCUUUUUAUGCUUUUACGGCCAUAUGUGGACGAGAUCUUAGAGAUGAAUUUUCGGCGUGCAAGAAAGUUGGUUGACCAGCUGGCAAAUGAUGAGAUUGUGAUUUCAUCAACUCGGUAUUUGUCCUCGUAUUCUGCUGAUGCGUGUUCUAUGCUUACUAGCAGUGGAAAGCAGUUUAUGUCUGUUGUUCAAGAUAUUGUUGAUCAUUUAACAUCAGAUGUCAUUCUGCAUUUUGGUGGGACCAUUUUAAGUAGGAUCUCUCAGCUGUUUGAUAUGUACAUAGAUGGGUUAAUGAAGAGUCUACCAGGUCUUUCUGAAGAGGAUACCCUCAUGGAGCAUAAAGGCUCUACCAAGUUCAAGGCAGAAACUGAUUCUCAGCAGCUUGCUCUUCUAGGAAAUGCAUAUGCUGUUUUAGACGAAUUAUUACCUAUGGCUCUCUCAAAAAUUUGCAGCGAAGAGAAAGAACUUACGGGUAAUGAAAGUUUAUCUUCGGAGAGCACUGGUCCUAUUCCUAGUAAAGCUGUAGAACUUAAAGACUGGAGACGCCACCUACAACAUUCUUUAGACAAAUUUAGAGAUUAUUUCUGUCGCCAAUAUAUGCUGAACUUCAUUUAUUCUAGAGGGGAUAAAGCACAAUUAGAUGCACGAAUGUACUUACAUGGGAAAAAGGAGGAUCUUUUCUGGGAUUCAGAACCAUUGCCAUCUCUCCCGUUCCAGGAUCUAUUUGCAAAACUACAGCAGUUAGCAAGUAUUGCAGGACUUAUAUUAGUUGGAAAAGAAAAGGUGCAGAAAAAUUUGCUUGCUAGGUUAGUAGAGACUCUCGUGAUGUGGCUGUCAGAUGAACAAGAAUUCUGGGAAGUCUUUGAGGAUGAUUCUGCUCAGCUACGGCCAUUUGGACUACAGCAAUUUAUCUUUGACAUGCAUUUCAUUGUCCAAAUAUCUGUGUGUGGAGGCUACCCUUCCCGAAAUGUACACCAGAUUGCCUUAACUAUCAUGGAUAGGGCUAUAGGCACUUUUUCAACAAAAGGAAUAGAUCCUCAAAGUGCACUUCCUGAAGAUGAGUGGUUCAUUGAAGCUGCUAAGUCAGCAAUGAACAAGCUUCUGAUGGGUUCGUUUGAGCUAUCAGAACUUGAUGAGCACAUACAUAUCCUGGAAAACUCUGAUUCAGAUAACAUUAGUAUAAGUUCGAGUGUUCAUUCUGCCGAGUCAUUUGCAUCUGCUACCAUGGAAGAAAACGGAAGUCCAGUUUAUUUCUCAGACCCUGAGACUUAGAAAUCAGUUGUACUUACAGGCAACCCUUUUUUUUUUUUUUGGUGUUGCCUUGAUCACUAGAGCAAUGUAUAGCCCAAUUUUCAGAAGAUAUACCCAAUCCAGUUGUUGUAGUACAUGGUUAUAGUCCCAUUCUAUUCCAUAUGUUUCCAAUCCAGUUGUAGUCCAUGGUUAGAGUCCCAUCCUAUUCCUUAUGUUUCAGUCUCAUCCUUAAUCUUGUACUUAUUUUAUAACAAACUCCAUUUUGAAAACUUAUCCAAGAAUAGCACCGCGACAUGAACUUCGUGAAUGCUACUGGACAUCCUUGUAGCCUCAGUUUUUCCAAUGUGAGGGUGUGUUAGUGUCAAUGGCAAUUUAGUCUCUUUUUCCUCACUCUUUUAAAUUUAGGGUCCUCUACGAGGAGGAGGUGACUAAUGAAUUGGAGCUCCAGGAAAACAGGUAUUUGACGAAACUCUCCCUUGAUGGGGUCCUCUGAGUAAAUUGUAAUUUCGUUGCGGCUAUGGAGAAAACAAGUACUUGUCAAAGCUCUCCCUUGGUGGGGGAUACUUUGGGUGAACCGUAAUUUUGUGAAAUUCCGAUUCCCUCAUUGGGGAAAACGUGCAUGUAUGCUUGCGUGUACAUCCACUCUGUAAAUAUUUAUAUGUGCAGUUGGGUUAGAUUUUUGUUCA